AUGCUCACCGUGCAAGCCAGACCCAGACGCUCAGUUAAGAAGAAGCUCCGUGUCUGUGAACGCCACGUCAAGUCAGCACAGAUGGAGAAUUCUUCCAGUGAACUUGUUUUUGUGCUCCAUGGUUUGAAUGAGACUAAAACAAAGAGACAGAUCUUUUUUGGUCUUUCCAUUCUUGCCUAUGUUUUCACCAUUUUUGUGAAUCUGACUCUGAUUGUGACCAUAUUUCUAGAAAGAAUUCUCCAUGAGCCCAUGUUCAUAUUCCUGUGUAAUCUGUGUGUAAACGACAUUUGUGGCUCUACAAGUUUCUAUCCAAAGCUACAGAUUGACCUUCUGUCAGACUUUCACUUGAUCUCAUACUCUGCAUGUAUAAUUCAAAUAUUUGGAAUUUCCACAUAUUACCUUUGUGAACUGAGUAAUCUAACAGUAAUGGCUUAUGACAGGUAUGUUGCAAUAUGCAAACCGUUGGAGUAUCACUCUAUUAUGACGCCUCGGAAAGUACAAAUGUUGGUACAGAUGACUUGGUUCUUAUCGCUCAUUGCAACCAUUGUUGGGAUUGUGAUUAUAGUCAGGCAGCCCAUGUGUGAAUCCAGGAUUGAGAAGCUUUAUUGUGUGAACUGGGACAUGGUGAAGCUGUCCUGUAUAGAGACCAUAUUAAACAAGUUAUAUGGCUCCUUUCUCAUCGUUUUUCACUUGCUUCAAUUUAUGCUAAUCAUAACCUCCUACAUCCUAAUCACCAGGACAUGCGUACAGUCCCAGGCAGAGCGUAAUAAGUUCAUGGAGACCUGCCUGCCUCAUCUUAUCACAUUGGGUACCUUCGCCAUUUCUCUUUCUUUCGAUGUUGUGUCAGCACGUUUCAGCUCAGACACCUCCCUGCAGGCUCUCAGAAACAGUCUUUCUAUAAUGUACCUCAUUGUUCCUCCUAUCCUGAACCCUCUCAUUUAUGGUCUGAAACUGAAGCAGCUUCGUAGGAUUGUAUGGAGAAGGUUCAACAGCAAAAUUACUGCACUGGAAUAA